AUGGCGCCGAAGUGGCCGCAGGUAAACAAUGGCCCGGAACACAUCAACGAACACGCAGCAUAUCUCCGCGAAGCAUGCCAUCAAUUACAGGCCCUAGGACAGGACCAAGUACCAUGGAAUAUAGUGCAGAAAUACAUCACAUCCACUAUUGCGCUCGUUGGAAAAGUGCUCCAGCAACCUGCAAUUAGCGACAUCCUCCACCACAUCCAGGAUACAACUAGAUGCACACAGAACAUUCAGAGAGAUGUUUCGAUCAUCAAAAACUCUGUGGGCCUGAACACUGCUCCGCCGAGUGCGACCAAUCUCACCGGAGGCAGAGCCGCAACCGCGACCUGGGCGCAAGUGGCAGCACAAGCCAGAGGCCCUCCGGUUUCACAAGGCACAUGUGCUACUAAGUCUCAACCCGCUGUCACAGCAUACAAAGAUCGAGCAGUAACAGUCAGACUCAAGGACCACGGAAUCACCCAACGAUUCCGGACGCUUUCUACUACCAAAAUAAAACAACAAGUAGAUACCUCCAUCCAGAAUCAUGCGAAUUCCAGGUCGGUCACGGUGGUGGCAGCCCAUCAACUCAAGAGCGGGGAUAUCCAAAUCUUCACCUCAUCUAGAGCAGAAGCCGCGAGGCUCAGGGAGAGCAGGGGAUGGGUAAGUGGCCUUGGAGAACACGCCGAACUUAUAGUGCCAACCCAUGGAGUCAUCGUCCACGGCAUCUCCACGAACUCCAUCAACAUCAAAGAUCAGGAAGUAACCAUCCAACAGAUACUCGCAGACAACCAUACAGUUAUACCCAAAGCAGAGAUCUCAUCUGUAGGAUGGCUGACUCGGGAGUCUGCCCUCAAACACGCAUCCUCCAUAGUGGUGGAGUUCACAGACCCUGAAAUGGCCAACGCCAUCAUCUAUGCGGGGAUGGCGUGGGCCGGACAGAUACACAUGUGUCAACUCUACGACCGCGCAUGUAGAGUAAAGCAAUGCUUCCGCUGCUACAAUUACGGCCACAUCGGCACACAAUGCAACGCAGCCCAAGCAUGCGGCUAUUGCGCUGAGUUACAUGAGACCAGGAACUGCAAACAGAAGGGAGCAGAAAACUUCACUCCCAGAUGUACAGUAUGCAAAGGUGUCCAUAAAGCAUGGAGCAACGCCUGCCCGGCGAGGAAGAAAGAGCUGGAGAGAGUCGAACAGGCUAAGCAGGUACGGAACACCUACUGGCACGUGGUGUCGACAGACGAACCCCCCAAGGUCGACAGCUCGAGAGCAAAACAACGCCGUACACGCAAUCUCACCCCUAGCCGAAAUGUCACUAUACCAGACACCCCGAACGUAGAGCCAUCGGACCAACGAGACUCCACCGCAGAGCCCUCGCCUGCACAGGCAAGGAAUCCCCUCCCAGAACUGCGACCCCUGGAGCCCGCAGUAACGCAAACACACGCGGAUAUGCCAGCUGCAGAAGAAUGGGCGAGACCAGUAUCACAGCAAGAACCUACGUUGCAACAGCUCAUUAUCGAUCCACAGAUAUUGGCAACAGAGCAACCCCGGAGGGCCAAUCCAGCAGAAGUCGAUACCCCAGACGCGGGCACCACGGAGGCAAUAUCGACGGGUGUGACACCAAUCCAUCAACCCUUAUGUCCCCCUGACGCCACACUAGGAGAUUGUGAUAUGGAUAACGCGGAGGAAUGGCUGGCCAAUUUGGAGAACACCUUCGCAGAGAACAGGCAAGGCUCCGAAGGAGCCAGUUCCAUACCGACUUCGGUGGCAACAAAUACCCACAUCGGCACUGCGCAACCACAUGAGAACCAAAAUGGAAUAUAUCCGAAGAAACCUGAAGGUGCGAAUCGAAACACGGGGAAGAUGGAGUAA